AUGUCUCCGGAUAUAGAGGUACCAGGGAAGACGCUGAACGAACCCAUUGCAAUUGUCGGGGUAGCAUUUCGCUUACCUGGCGCGAGCGAUGGGGUAACUUUGUGGAAAAAUCUGAUGAGCGCAACCGACUCGGUGGACUUUGUCCCACGCGACAGGUGGACAAGUGAAAAAGGGUGUCACGGACUCACAAAGGAACACCGCUCUUUCAGAGCUGGCUUCAUCGACGGGGACGUGGACAAAUUUGACGCAACCUUUUGGGGAUUGUCGCCACUGGAGUUGGGGUUUAUUGAUCCGCAGGCACGACUUCUGCUGCAAUUGAGCUGGGAGGCUCUGGAGAGUGCUGGAAUUACGCCUGGGUCGCUUCGUGGGACCUCCGCUGCUGUGCUUAUGGGGAUAUGGAGAGAUGAAUACAAAGACCUUGUAGUCUCAUCGAGCUCAGUAAUUGGUGGUGAGGAGCUGCGCCGUUAUAUGGGAUGUUCAAUUGGCAGCUCUGCGUCAAGGAUUGCUCAAUGCUUCGGAAUGACUGGUCCAACCGAGGGAAUUGAACUGGGAUGUGCUUCAUCGUCGUAUGCAAUCGGUGCCGCGAUGCGACAUUUGCGCAACCGGAGAACAAACUUGGCGCUUGCUGGUGGAGCAAAUCUUAUUCUUAAACCGUGCAAGACUGAUGAUUUUCAGAUGAGCCUAGAGACGAGAUUAGAAGCACAUAAGUGGUUAACGGAACCGCUUGAAUUUGGGGGAUAUAGCGGUUCUGGUUUUGGGGUGGUAUCACCUACAAGCCGGAGUAAGGUAUUUCAGGAGGAUGCUGAUGGUUUUGCGAGGGCGGAAGGUGGGAUUGUCUAUGUCCUCAAGCGAGUUACGGAUGCGAUCAAAGACGGGGAUAACAUUCUUGGGCUAAUCAGGGGCUUCGGAUCUUCACAAGAUGGUCUUACCCGAAAUUUUGGUACACCAACUAUUGGGGGCGAAAGGGAAGCUAUGCUGGUUGCGCUUGAGGAUGCAGAGGUUAAUCCGGAGGAUAUUGGCUGGGUGGAAAUGCACGGAACCGGCACACGAGUGGGCGACCCAACGGAGGUGGCUGCAACCCGAAUAGCUUAUCAAAUAUCGUCCGGCGAAAGAGGGCACCCACUAACCGUUACCUCCAUCAAGGCCAAUAUUGGCCAUACUGAAGGCGUAUCGGGGGCUGCAAGUCUGCUGAAAGUCCUGUUGGCCAUGAAACACGGAUUCAUCCCACCUCAGCUUCUAACCGCCGACCUCAACCAUGGAAUUGACUUUAACGGAUUGGUAAUACCAAGGACAGCAGUGCACUGGGAUGGACCAUUAGCCGGAAUAUCAUCGUUUGGAAUCACUGGAACGAACACUCACAUGAUCGUGGAGCGUGCUCAACCCAUGGCUAUACCAGCAAAAAAUUUGUCAUUAGACAAACGUGCAGAACUCUAUAUACUCCCGUUCUCAGCUUAG